AUGGGCAUCCUCAUCCCGGUGGUGCUUUGCUCCCAGGACAGUGCCGUCGGGCCAAAGGCAGCACUGCAGUUUGAGGGAAUGGACACCAGGGAGUCCAGGACCACGCGGGACGCGGGUGAGACACGGGUCCAGAAGCUGCCAGGAUCUGUGCUGAGGGACGCGGUGGCCAUGGCGGCGGGGGACCUGGCGCCUGGCGGGGUGCUGAGUGGAGAGGAGCCGGCAGGACGAGCCACGGCCGCGGUGGGAGGUCCUCUUGGUCGGAACAACCCAGCUGAUCCCGACGUCCCAGCGCGGGGCCUGGCGAGGAAGGACUUCGGCCACGGUUGCCAGGUCUGCGUGCAGGAGGCCCUGGAAUAUCUCUGGGAGAAGAUGGCGUUCUGGGCCAGGAUCUCGAGGCUCCUCCUGCCAGGAACCGCGUCCAGGAGGAGCACAAAGACUGUGCCCCCCCGGCGGUCCAGGGUGAGCGGCUGGUCGCAGCCCGUCCACUGCUUGCAGAUCGUGGCCUGGAUCGUGUUCCUCAUUCUGGUCUUCACCACCUUUGGCAUCUUCAUUCCCCUCCUGCCACACGAGUGGAGAUACAUUGCCUACAGUGUGACCGGCGGGAUUUGCCUCUUCCACCUCUUGGUCCACCUGAUUGUUCUUUCCAUCGAUCCGGCCGACGCCAACGUCCGCCUCAAGAAGAACUACUCACGGACGGUGCCAACCUUCGACCGGUCCAAACACGCACAUGUCAUCCAGAGGCAGUAUUGUUACCUGUGCGAGGUCACCGUGACUGUGAAAGCCAAGCAUUGUAGCACCUGCAACAAGUGUGUCUCAGGCUUCGACCAUCACUGCAAGUGGCUUAACAACUGCGUGGGGAGCAGGAAUUACUGGUACUUCUUCGCCUCCGUGGCCUCAGCUGCGGCCGGACUGCUGUGCAUGGUCGCCACGCUGCUGUACAUCUUCACCCAGUACUUCAUCAACCCCGCCGGGCUGCGCACCGACCCACACUAUAGGAGUAUCUCCGACCAGAACACGUGGCUCCUGCUCCUUCCGCUUUUCCCCGUGAGGACGAGCACGCCGGUCUUCCUGGGCAUCGGGGCGCUGACGCUGCUGCUUGAGCUCAUCAGCCUGCUGCUGCUCGGUCACCUGCUCCUUUUACACCUCUACUUGAGGGCCAAGAGGUUGAGCAUGUUUGAGUACAUAAUGCAAAACAACAAACUGCAGCGCUCGAAGCCCCCGGCGGUGAAGAGAGAUGUGACCCCACCAAGAAAAGGGUUGUUACAGUCACACGCCUGCGGGCGCAUCGGGCUCUGCUUGGCAUUUCACACGGAGCCGCCAGGGCUGCUGGGGCAGCGUCCUCUGCAGACGUUUGUGGAGGUCCGUGUGAUGACACUGACCUACCUGGGCAUCAAAGACAAGCCUCCCUAUUCGUUCCCUGGAGCCUCUGCGGGAAACAGCAAGAAGCCCAAGGAGUUCCUGCCAACUUCCAUGCACCUGAGUCUGUGCUCCGCCACCGUAAAGCCAGAGGACACGUCGUCAUCAACGGUAAGCCCACGGCCACCAGCGUGA